CCAUAAUCUUUAAAUGAGAUUGGAAUUUUGUUAGAAGGAUUUCUGUGGAAAGAAAAUAAAUUUAAAAGAUUUUCAUGGAAAUUUUUGAAUUUUAAGGGUAUAAAUGAAACACACUUCAAAACUCAGGUAUGGGAAUUGCAAUUUACCCAGGACGAACGCUAUUGCUUUUACACUCAUGCUUCGCAGUCCACAACCACAGGGAAUUAAAAAUUUGGUUGGAGGGAUGGGACAAAGGGAAGAAGUGGAAGAAGAAGGCGUAGUAGCGAUAGAGAUUCCACUGGGAGAUGCAGCAGAGACGUUUGAUUUAGAGAAAACAAUAUGCAGCCAUGGGUUCUUCAUGAUGUCUCCCAAUCACUGGGACUCUCUCUCUCGCACCUUCUCUCGCCCUUUGCAUCUCCAUCAUCCUUUUCAUUCCCUCAUGGUCUCUAUCUCCCAUCCCUCCGAUCUUCCUCAUUCUCUCCUUGUGCGCGUCCACGGUGUUCGCUCUCUCUCCCCACAACAUCGAGCGUCGAUUGUGGGUCAGGUGGUGAGGAUGCUCAGAUUGUCGGAUAUGGAUGAAUGGAAUGCUAGAGAGUUUAGAAAGAUUGCAGCUGCAUUGGGAGAGGAAGAGUGUGAUUGGAUUAAAGGUUUCGGUGGAAGAGUGUUUAGGUCUCCUACUUUGUUUGAAGACAUGGUCAAGUGCAUUCUCCUUUGCAAUUGCCAAUGGUCAAGGACUCUAAGCAUGGCCAGAGCUCUCUGUAAGCUUCAACUGGAACUGCAGUUUCAAUCAUGCAGUGUGAAUGCAAGUACCAAGAAUCAAAAAACUGAUACAAACAAUUUCAGUCCUAAAACACCUGCUGGAAAAGAGUCCAAGAGGAAGCUCAGAGCUUCCAAAGUAUCCACAAAUUUAACAAAUAAGUUUCUGGGUACGGAAAUGGAUUUGGAAGCUGAUACUUGCUUGACAAUGGAUGAUGCGCAAAUGAAGAUAGCAAAUUUAAGACCAAACUUCUCUCUUAGUUGUAUAGAAGGUGAUUCCUCUGGCAAUUACAAAUCAUGUGAGGCAGCAAAUAAAGUUUUCGAAACCAGUUCCUUUGAAACUUCUGUUCUUCAAUCUCAUAAGAUGACACAGCAUUUUGCACACCAACCAAUUUGUAAUUUUCCAAGUCCAACGGAACUAGCAAUCCUUGAUGAUAGAUUUCUGGCAAAGCGCUGUGGUCUUGGCUAUAGAGCAGGUCGAAUAAUAAAACUUUCCCAGGAUAUUGUUGAAGGGAGGAUUCCAAUGGAGGAACUUGAAGAAUUUGCAAUGGAGGGAGCAUUUCCAGCUACAGUAAUUGGCUGAUCAGCUCAGAGAAAUUGAUGGUUUUGGUCCAUUCACGCGUGCAAAUGUGCUUAUGUGUAUGGGAUUUUAUCAUGUUAUUCCUAGUGAUUCUGAAACAGUGAGGCAUCUAAAACAGGUCCAUGCCAAAGAUUCUACAAUUCAAACAGUUCAAAGUGAUGUUGAAAAGAUAUACGGAAAAUAUGCACCCUUCCAAUUCUUAGCCUACUGGGCAGAAUUAUGGCACUUCUAUGAGCAAAGGUUUGGGAAGCUAAGUCAAAUGCCUUGCUCUGAUUAUAAACUUAUUACUGCCAGUAAUAUGAAAAAUGAAGGAAGUCGCAAAAUCAAAAGGAGUAGAGUAUCUUGACAGUGAUAGGGAGUGGUCAUGACUUAAGUUAAAACGAGAAAUGAGUGAAACUUUAUUCUUAUUGUUUAUGAUUUACUUGUAAAAGUGCAUUGGGGACACUAAUUUCAUUUCAUGAUUAUUCAAAUAUGCUGGCAGUUCUGGAAUUCUAACAA